AAUAUUUGGUCAAUGAACUCAGAACACUGAUUGAAUGUGGUGACUGUUACUGUUGACACGAAAGACGCCCCAGCUGACAUUAUCUUGGAUCUUCCCCAUCCUAUCCUUCUUCUUACAUUACACCCAAAAUUUGCAAACAGAAAAAGAGUGUCGAGAUGUCGUCGGAUGCGUCGGAGUUCGAUCCUGAUCGUAUCGAGUCUUACAAAUUCCCUGAGACGACAUACACCUAUUCGGAGAGAGAUGUCGCGCUCUAUGCGUUAGGUAUUGGAGCUUGCGCCCGGGAUGCCGUGGACGUCGACCAACUUCAAUUUGUUUACCAUGAAAAGGGCCAGAAGUUUAUCCAGGUCUUGCCAACAUUUGCUGCUCUGUUCUCGCUUGGAUCUCUGCCAGGAGGUUUAGAUCUGCCGGGGUUGAAAUUUGAUCCUCGUCUUUUGCUGCAUGGACAACAAUACAUAGAAUUAUACAAGCCACUUCCUUCAAAUGCUUGUUUAAAAAAUACUGUGAGUCUUGCUGGACUCCAUGAUAAAGGUAAAGCUGCUAUUCUUGAGAUUGAAACAAAAAGUUACGACAAAGAUUCUGGUGCAUUGUUAUGCAUGAAUCGGACAACUGCCUUUCUGAGAGGUGCUGGUGGCUUCUCAAAAUCAUCUCAUCCAUAUUCAUAUUCAAACUAUCCAAAGGACAAGGUUCCAUCUGUGAAAAUCCCAAAAGGUCAACCUUUUGUAGUGUUUGAAGAUUGUACACAACCAUCUCAGGCGUUGCUGUAUAGGCUAUCUGGAGAUUAUAAUCCUCUGCAUUCAGAUCCUACAUUCGCAAAAGUUGCAGGAUUCACACGGCCGAUACUGCAUGGCUUGUGCACACUUGGAUUUUCAGUUAGGGCAAUUGUGAAAUGCAUUUGCAGAGGAGAUCCAAACCUGGUUAAAUGCAUAUCAGGCCGAUUCCUUUUACAUGUCUACCCUGGUGAAACUUUGCUCACUGAAAUGUGGCUUGAAGGCUUAAGGGUCAUAUAUCAAACAAAGGUGAAGGAACGAAGCCGGACAGUGCUUUCUGGAUAUGUGGAUCUCCAUGGUUUAUCGUCGUCGCUGUAAAACACUUGUUUAUUUACAUAUGUAUUUUGUACUAAAUAAGCAUAUGAAGCGUGUCGCUGUCGUGUAUUGAUGCUGUAAACAAUAAAGGAAAUAUUACAGGGUUAUGAACCUUUUACUUUCAA